GGGGGGUGGUACCGGGGAUCGAACAGCAAGCAGCAAAACCACUGAGCUAAAUCCCUGGCCCCAACAAAGUCAAAAUUAUUAAGACAGUUAAAAAGGAAGUUGAUUCUCACCCACCCCCCCAGUCUUCAAUGAAGAAGUAGAUUUCUCAAACUAUAUAAGCUUUCCUCAAGAAGCCAGCCAGACUGGGAAUUCUGUCUCCUAUUGGCCUGACUUAACCAAGGCUGCUUGAAGAAAGGGCUGUGUGAUGACUAGCCCCAUAUGGAAAUUCUUCUCUUCUUUGUCUGUCUCUGUCUGUCUCUGUGCCCCAUCCCCCCUCCUUUUUUUCAUCUUUCUCUUUGUUUUCCCCUCAGACCGGGGAUGGAACUCAGGACCUUGCACUUGCCAGGCAGGUGCUGUGCCGCUAAGCUACAUCCCCGGCCCCGUUGUGAAAAUUUUUUGACUCAUCUUUUCUGGGUGCCCCUGCUGGCCUACCUUGCCUCCAAGAAUUCACAUUACCCUUUCCUUGGUUGAACAGGGAAUCUUAACUGUUUUUGCAGCUUGAACUGUAUCUCAUUCUGGUUUUUGUUGCUAUAAUUGGAUAUCACUGACUGGAUCAUAUUAAAGAAUAGAGGUGUAUUUAGCUUAUUCUGAAGGCCAGGAAGUCCAAGAGCAUGGUGCCAGCCUCUGAUGAGGGCCUCAUAUUGCAGCUUAAAGUGAUAGAGAGCAUCACAUGGUGAGACAGAGCCAAGUGUGCUAGGUUGGAUCUCUUCCCCUUACAAAGGCAUGAAUGGCGUCAUGAGGGCUCAUGUUCUUGGUCUCAUCUGGUCCUUUUUACCUCCUAGAGAUCCCCACUUCCAAAUGCAUGAAUUGGGAUUUAAGUUUCAUACAUAUGAACUUUGGGGUCAGAUGACUUUAGCAGACAAGCAUAUGAGUCACCUACUUAAUGUCUUUUGUGCACAAAAUAAUGCCUGGAAAUACAAGGAAAAUGGCUGAUGACUCAGGUAUCAGGGUUCCUUUUAAAAAACUAUUCUACACAUGCUACUUGGUCCCUUCGAUGAAGACCUUCAGUGGCAAGUGUGGUUUUGAAGCAGUGCUGGCUACAAACUUUGUGCCUUAGAAUGUCAUAGCACCACAGAGACUGUGGCCCGUUCCCUACACUAAGAGUUGUUGGAAACACUAGAUUCAGUUACAUAUUAAUGAAAGUAAGGUUGUUUUUCUUAGGGAAAACCCCUUUCCUCUUUGAAGCAUGUCCAAGAUGUCAGGUUAUAGUUUGGCUAUUCUGAGGUAGGGAACACUGAACCUCCCUCCAAAGAAGUGGGCUGGAGAGGGAGGCCUAGGCAAGAAAGAAGAGCUGCAGGUACCUCUGGUCCCAGGAGUUAGGGGGCCAUUUCCCUGAAAACAUGGGAUCACUAGGUUUCUGUUCCACUUAGGGGGUGCUGCAGGGGUCCCCCCCUUGGUGGGGGUAAUGGCUCCUCCCUAAGGUGACAGGGUAUUUGCUUCUGCCAUCUCUGUCCACAUGGGAUGAAAGUGUGCUCCUGUUUGGACAGGAAUUCUUGCUGUGGGAUAUGAGGCCAGCUAUUUGGGCCCUUGGGCCUCCUGUUAACAAAUCUUGUGAAGAUAGUGUCUCCCUUGACAGAAUCGAAUUUGAAGAGUCACAGAAUCCUAAGCAGGAGAGGAACAGAGCUGCGAGCAAAGUUGUUCCGAUUUGCUUCAGAGAAUGAUAGCCCUGAAUGGAAGGAACGAGGCACCGGUGACGUCAAGCUCCUGAAGCAUAAGGAUAAGGGGACCAUCCGCCUCCUCAUGAGGAGGGACAAGACCUUGAAGAUAUGUGCCAACCACUAUAUCACGCCCAUGAUGGAGCUAAAACCAAAUGCUGGCAGUGACCGUGCCUGGGUCUGGAAUACCCAUGCUGACUUCGCUGAUGAGUACCCCAAGCCGGAGCUGCUUGCCAUCCGCUUCCUAAAUGCUGAGAAUGCACAAAAAUUUAAAACAAAGUUUGAAGAAUGCAGGAAAGAGAUUGAAGAGAGAGAAAAAAAAGGUGACGGGGUGAGGGGUGUCCCCUUGCAGACUCACUCUGCACUUGGCUGCAGCCUCCAGGCAGGUGCUUUUUCCGUCUGCCAGAGAACCAUUCCAGGGAGCUGUGGGAGCCUUGACCUCUCAGGGGUGAUGCAGCUUCCUGGAGACAGAAUGCUUCCUGCAGGAACGGGCAAAAAUGAUAAUGCUGAAAAAGUAGCUGAAAAGCUAGAAGCUCUCUCUGUGAAGGAGGAGAACAAGGACCCUGGAGAGGAGACCGAAGAGAAGUCAGAAAAGCAAUGAGUCCUCUUAACUUCUCUCCUUUUGCUUUCUUUUUUUCUUUUUAAAAUUUUUCCCUCCCCCUUCUUUUUGUUUUAUUUUAAAUUCUGUUUUGUUUCUACAAGGGACUUUAUAUAAAAGAACUGAAUCUCAACAUUCAGGCCAUUUUUGUUUUGUUUUUCUAAGUUUUUACCCUAUUGAAGAUGACUUCAGAAAAUCCAUUCCCCAGUCAUGAAAAUGUACUGUGCUAACUUUCUUUUCCAUAGUGGAAACACUUAUUUAUAGUCAUCAAAAAUAGUAAAUAAAAAAUGCAUUUGAAACCUGGA